AUGGAGGACCACGACAGAGAAAAAGAGUUGAUUGUUGAUCAGCAAUCAAUUGAUCAACAAGAAAAUCCUAAAGUGAGCGAAGAAGAAGAGUCACAAGAAAAAGAGGAAUCAGAGACUAUUACUGUCGAGGUUCAUCAAGAAGAUGAAACCACAGAACAAGAGGCGUCCAAUGAAGAAGUCUUCGACCUAUCCAUAAAAAGAGAUCUUCCAUCAACAUCACAAAAAAACACUGGUAACGAUGGUAAAAACCAGAAUGAUGAAAUAAACAAAGAGAAAAAGAAGAAAUCCAAUCCAAAGAUGGUACGAAUAUUAAACGUCACCUCACUGGAAGAAAGCAUCAACGUAGCUAACAAACUCAUGACGGAAACUAUGGUAAGAGUAACUUCUUCAAUGGAGCUAAUGGCAAGACAUGCAGCAAACAUGUCAGAUACUGCCAUAUUGCUCAAGAAGACCUGCGAGAAGUUAAACCAAGUUACCAUUGAAAACAUGAAGAUGGCGAGCAUGCUGACAGAACUUGGAGGAAAAGAGGUCGAGGCAAUUAAAGAGAGAAACAGACUCUUAGAGGUAAACCCUAAUUUUUCUAACCCAAAAUCAGAAUCAAAUAAAAGAAAAUCUAAUACAACCCAGUCAAGCCCCAUUAAGAGAUACAAAAAUGAUGAAAAUCAAUUUAGUAAAGAGUUAGAGUCAAUUAAAAGAAGUUUAGAGCAAAAAGAUUUAACAAACGCGAAAAUAAAUAUUAAGAGAGAUUAUAAGUUAACCCAAAAAUCAAACUUUGAUAUUUGGUAUGACUAUUUAAAAUCAGAGUUAACCAGUCAUGAGUUAUUAGAGAAAAACGAGUCAGUAGUCGAUUUCUGUGAAAGAUUUGAUGCAAUUGUUAGAGAAUACGAAACUUGUGGUAGCGGAGAACCACUAACUGCACAAGAGCUGAGAUCAGCCUUUUAUCAAGCAGUUACACCCAUAAUACCCCAACUAAGAGACGCUGAUUUAAUUAGAAGAACUAAUUCCAAUGAAAUGAGUUUGGAAGAAAUAAAAUCAUUCAUUUUACAGUUAGAGGCAGAGAAGAGAAGCGAGUCACAAGAGGUCAAAGCGAACAGAGUAAACACCAACUCCAAAAUCGACAAGUGUCACCGCUGCUCAAAAUUUGGUCACUGGGAGAAGGAAUGCCCAUUAAAACCAAAAGGAUUAUGGCAUUGUUACAUUUGUGAGUCUGUAGUAGAUCAUAAAGGUACAGAUCACAACUCCGGAUCAGUUAAACUGAAUAAGAGAGCUGUGAUGAUGAAAGACGAUGAAAUUCGUAAACAAUCACAUGAAAUCUAUCAAGACAAAAAAUUUUUAGAGUCGGAGGGAGUAGAGAAAAAUAGAAAAAUGAUAGAUCAUGUGAUUGGGAGGGAGGAAGUAAGUCAUGCGUCUUCAUCAAAGUCAGAGGAGUCCCAAAGAGAAUCAGAAACAACAGAAACAACAUCAGAAGACUUAAAUAAAAACGAAGAAAACUAG